AGAGAGAAUGGGUUGCUGUUCCGGACGAUGCAUGCUCAUAUUCCUUUGCACUCUGCAACUGUUAACAGCACUGGAGAGACAGGUGUUUGAUUUCCUGGGUUACCAAUGGGCUCCAAUCCUGGUGAAUUUCUUGCACAUUGUUGUGGUCAUCCUGGGCUUGUUCGGUACCAUUCAGUACAGGCCUCGCUAUGUUGUGCUCUACCUAACUUGGACUGUGCUUUGGGUGGGCUGGAACAUAUUUGUGUGUUGCCUCUACCUUGACCUUGGCGGCCUUUCCAAGGACAGUAACUACCUCUCUCUGGGAGUGUCCUCUCAUUCCUCCUGGUGGAAGGAGAAUGCCCCGGGAUGUGAUGACAGAGACCUUCCCGCCACUAGGUGGCAGAGUCUGGAGAGCCCGGCACUAAUCUCAUCUCUGGGUUGCAUGCUGGAGUAUCAGUACAUAGAGGUGCUGCACAGUGCCCUGCAGCUUUUCAUCUCUCUUCUGGGAUUUGUAUACGCCUGCUACGUGAUCAGUGUCUUCAAUGAGGAGGAGGACACCUUUGAUUUCAUUGGUGGAUUUGAUCAGUUCCCUGUCUUGCAUGGCAAUGAGAAAGCAUCCCAUCUCUUUCUUUAA